GCGCAAUAAGGAAGGGCCCAAACCGGGAAAGCAAUCCACGGACACUUUUCAAGACAGAUUGCUGCUUUUAAGUUUUAGGUUUUCACAUUAAAUUACCACCAUGUCAGACGCCGAGCAGCAGUAUAUGGAGACCUCGGAAAACGGCCACGAGGGCGAGGAGGAUCUGAACGGUGCCGGACAGUACGAGGCGGUGGAGGCCGAAGCGCAAGAAGAAGCCGGCGCCGACGGAACAGCCGGGAAUGACGAAGACCCUCAAAAUGGUGCAUCGGACGGCGGGCAAAUCGAUGCGAGCAGAGGGGAAGAAGAUGCGGGGAAAAUGUUUGUCGGGGGGCUCAGCUGGGACACUAGUAAAAAGGAUCUUAAAGAUUACUUCUCCAAAUUUGGAGAGGUGACAGACUGUACCAUUAAAAUGGACCCCAACACCGGAAGAUCAAGAGGAUUCGGGUUUAUUCUGUUCAAAGAUUCAGCUAGUGUAGACAAGGUUUUAGCGCAAAAAGAACACAGACUGGACGGACGUCAGAUUGACCCUAAGAAAGCGAUGGCAAUGAAGAAAGAACCACAAAAGAAGAUAUUUGUUGGUGGUCUGAACCCUGAAACUACAGAAGAGAGGAUUCGCGAGUAUUUUGGUGCCUUUGGCGAGAUCGAGACUAUUGAGCUUCCAAUGGAUCCUAAGACGAAUAAGAGGAGAGGGUUUGUCUUCAUUACGUUUAAGGAAGAAGAAACUGUCAAGAAAAUUCUGGAGAAGAAAUAUCACAAUGUCAGUGGAACCAAGGACUUAAAUGGAAAAGAAGGCCUUUGCGAGAUUAAGGUUGCGCAACCUAAAGAAGUGUACCAGCAGCAGCAGUAUGGAGGCCGCUUUGGGGGUCGAGGAAGGGGGCGUGGAGGCCAAGGUCAGAACUGGAAUCAGGGCUACAAUAACUAUUGGAAUCAAGGCUAUGGUAACCAAGGUUACGGUAACCAAGCUUAUGGCUACGGCGGGCAGCAAGGUUACGGUGGAUACGGAGGCUACGGCAACUACGAUUAUUCAGCAGGCUACUAUGGCUACGGCGGUGGAUAUGACUACAACCAGGGCAGUACAAGCUAUGGAAAAACUCCGAGACGUGGGGGUCACCAGAGUAGCUACAAGCCAUACUGAUCAUGUGUAGUGCAGGUCGUAAAACUUCAGAGGAACCAGUGAUCUGGUCACAGUGAACAUUUGGGGUCUUUUACUUUUGGAAGUUGGCAGAGUCUGGACUUCUGCUUCAUUUUGUACAGAAAACAUAAGGAACGGGGGGAGCAAAUGUCACUUCACUUUUGUUUUAUUAUAAUAUUUUUUUUUUGUCCUUUAUACAUUUCCAGUGAUGGAGGUGUUUUUUGGUUUUGUUUUUUUUUACUGUACUUUUUGGUACCUUUUUGAAUCUAAUGUGUUGUAUGGUUGUAAUUUUACAUCUUGGCUGUCUUUAAAACAUCUAGACUCAGAGCUCUAAAAUGCUUUCAAAAUAAACCAUUUUGGUAAAUUUUUCUUGUGUUCAAGAUUAUAUAUUUUUUUUUUCUGUUUGUCACCUGUGCUCUGUGUUGCAAAGUUGCAUGGCUUUGAGGUGAAAUGAAAAGGGAUUUCUUAAAGAUUGUAAGCUUGUCCAUUUGAACUCUGUAGAUGGCAAGUUCUUAGGUGACUUUUUAUUUUCUCUCUACUGCUUUUAUGGAGAUUCCUCCCAUCUUGUUAGAUAUUUAAAAGUGGCUAUAAUAGUGGUAAACUAUACCUCUAAACAUACAGGUAACUGUAAAAGGAUUCUUUCUCAAAACACUGACAACACGUUUCUCCAGUGUUGUGGACAAAUUUCAUGAAAUAAACUUGGUUUUUAAGAU